AUGAAUCAUAACAUUGUUGGAAGGAGUCACACCAGAAUCAGACCACCUAGAAAAGUUCUUUCGAGCUCAAUUGAUGUUGAAAAGUCAUGGGAUGUUUUGAGAAAAGCCGUAGAAGAGAUUCAACAAAAGAAUGCAUCAAAAUUAUCUUUUGAGGAAUUAUACAGAAGGGCAUAUAAUUUGGUUUUACACAAGCAUGGAAAGUUUCUUUAUGAUCGAAUAGAAAAGCAAAUAAGAGAUUACUUACGAGACACAGUACGUGUUAAACUCUUGGAAAAGCUGAAAGAUACAGGCUCGGACGAUCGGCAAUUCCUUCUGGAGAUAAAUUCCCUUUGGGAGGAUCACCUCUUAAGUAUGAGGAUGAUUAGUGAUGUUUUGAUGUAUUUGGAUAGGGUUUAUGCCAAGGAAUCACACUUACCAUUAAUUUACGAUGUCGGACUAAACGCUUUUAAAGAUAGUGUUGUUAAAUAUAACGAUCAUGAGAUCGGUAAGGAAGUUAUAAGAAUUGUCCUCGAGUUCCUUAAUCAAAGUAGACAUGGAAUUAUUGUUGAUAAAUUUGUUAUUAAAGCCAUUAUUUACAUGCUAGAAUCUCUCACAGAAACGGUCAACAUCGAUGUAUCCAAAGUCACUGGCUCUACAUCAUAUGGGGAAAACUAUUACCUUCAUUAUUUCGAACCUAAGCUUUUAAUCUCCGGACAUGAAUAUUUCCAAUCAAAAGUGAAGGAAUUAAUUGAUCAACAUUCUGGAGUAUUAUACAUCGAAAAGAUAGUUCAGCUCAUUCAGGAAGAAGAGGCCAGAAUACAAAUGUACCUUCCUGAAGCAUCUGGUCCAAAAAUGGUAGAGUUGAUGGAUAAUGAUCUUAUAACGCAGAAUCUCGAAUUUAUCAUGAUGCUUGAAACCGAUGGUUUGAAUUCCUGGAUUGCCGAUUCUAACUAUACCGUCCUAGGCCAAUUGUUCAAAUUGAUAAGUCGUGUUGAUUCAGAUCAUGAAAUGCUUAAAAGACGGCUUAGAGCAAUUAUUUUAUCAAAUGGUAAUGAAUUAAGUCAAAACGUAAAACAGAGUGUGGAAAGUACACUUGCCAAAAAGAGGGAGGAAGAAGAGAAAAGAAAACAAAUAGCCAAGUCUCACGGUAAGAAGCUUGUCAUUCGCCAUAAAUCUGGAAAAGAACAAACUACUCUAUAUGCUAUAAAGUGGAUUGAGAGUUUUUUGGAGCUCAAGAACAAAUAUGACGAUAUUUUGAGCAAAUCGUUUGAAAUGGACGUUGGUCUGAGUGAAGAGAUUCAAGCAGGAUUUUCUACCUUGAUCAAUACGAGCGAACGCUCAGAAGAAUACCUUUCUCUAUUUAUUGACAAUUGUAUUAGGAAGUCUCUUAAAAAUAAAGGUUCUGAAGAGAUUGACCGUACAUUAAAUGACUGCAUUUGUGUUUUCCGUUUUAUUAAGGACAAAGAUGUGUUUGAAAAAUACAAUAGAAAUCAUCUAGCAAAAAGAUUGCUCCAGCAAAAGUCCUUAUCAAAUGAAAUAGAAAUGAACAUGAUUACAAAGUUUAAACAGGAGAUUGGUUCUUCCUUUACCGCACGCCUAGAAGGUAUGUUUAAAGACAUUAAAAUCUCUCAGGAGAUGAGCUCUGAAUUUAACAAUAAAUUCGCCAGACAGGGACCUAAAGAAACAGCAGUGGGAUCAAAGAUCCGUGCUGCAAAUAACGACAGAAAGUUAGAGUUUGAUUUUUCUAUAUUGACACCAAGUUUUUGGCCUAUGCCUAUAAAUAAGACUAUGGAAAAUGUGAUCUUACCUCCUGAACUUCAAGUAUUGCAAGAUAGCGGUCAAGAAUUUUAUGAUACCAAGCAUAAGGGUCGUAAUCUCACAUGGGCUCCAAACUUUGGAACUGUCGAUAUUCGGAUGUAUUACCCUGGUAAGAGUUAUGAAGUCAAUAUGUCCACGUUGUCCGCUAUUAUAAUUUUAUCGUGUUUUAACAAUGAUGACUCCGAUACAAAAGAGGUUUCAUUUGAAAAGAUAUUGGAAGCCACUGGUAUUCCUGAGCAGGAAUUGAAGCGUCAUCUUCAAUCAAUAUCUGUCGCUUCAAGAACAAGACUAUUAAAAAAGAUUCCGAUGUCCCGGGAUAUUCAUGCCGGUGAUCAUUUUAAAAUAAACAACCAGUUUAAAUCACCACAUACGAGAAUCAAGGUUCUGACGGUUGCCUCUGCUUCGCAUGUGGAAAAUGAUGUCGAACGUAAUGGAACUUUGGAAGUGAUAAGGAAAUCUAGAAUUGUGGAAACGCAGGCUGCGAUAGUUCGUGUUAUGAAGGCUAGGAGGGAGCUAAAGCAUGAAGAAUUGUUGAAUGAAGUAAUAAAACAGUUAAUCAACCGUUUUAAGCCGCAGCCUUCGUUUAUCAAGGAACAAAUUGAGGACUUAAUAGAUAAGGAGUAUCUUAAAAGAGACGAAGGCAAUAGAUCUGUUUAUCAGUAUCUAGCUUAG